AUGAAGGGUGCGCGCGGUCGCGAGAGCUCGCGCCUGCUGUCGCUCCCCGACGAGCUUCUCGAGCCCAUUCUCGCGCGCGUCGACCAUCCGCGCGACCGCUGCAGCCUCGCGCUCUCCUGCUCGCUCCUCCACCGCCUCUCCCGCCGCACGCCCCACUCGCUCCACCUCCACCCCUUCGCAAAAAAACAUGACGUCACUGCCCGAGAAUGGCUGAAGAAUUUCGAGAUUUAUUCUGGGGUAUUUACCCGCAUAAUCAACCUCACGGUGGAGGUUAGUGCCGGCAUCCUGGAUCACCUUCUGGGCGGCAUCGGCGCGGGGUGCGCGCGACUGGAGAGGCUGAGGCUCUUGUUUGUCUCUGCUCCCCCACGUCGCUUUGCUUCCCGCCUUACGAACCUCUAUCACCUUCGCCAACACGGAUUCGUCGCCCUCUCAUUCGCCGUUCCCUCAUUCGCCGUUCCCUCAUUCGCCGUUCCCUCAUUCGCCGUUCCCUCAUUCGCCGUUCCCUCAUUCGCCGUUCCCUCAUUCGCUGUUCCCUCAUUCGCCGUUCCCUCAUUCGUCGUUCCCUCAUUCGCCGUUCCCUCAUUCGUCGCUCCCUCACAAAGUCCCUCCCUCAUUCGUCGUUCCCUCAUUUCGCCGCUCCCUCAUUCGCCGCUCCCUCACUCGCCGCCGUUUCUUGCAUUACAUGUGCACCGCCACAUUUCUGUUCUCUCCGCCGCUCCCGCCCGCAUGGCGUCACUGGAGCUUGAGUGCCCAUUCGCCUGCACCGACCCGCCGCCUCCCCCAGUGCACGCCUUCCCCUCACUGCGCUCUCUCUCCCUCCUCUUCGUGCCCACGCACUACCGCUUUGUCGCCCUCUGCUCCUCCCUCACCUCGCUCACCCUCUCGCGCCCCUACGCCUUCGGCCUCCACACUCUCGCGUCCGCCUCCUCCCCGCUGCGCCGCUCCCUCGCCGCCCUCACCAUCCACAACGCCAAGCUCGAAGGCGCCCUCAAGCCCCUCGCCUCCUUCCCUCGCCUCGCCUCGCUCGCCUUCCACUCCUGCAACAUCGACCCCUGCGACCUGCACGCGCUCGCUCGCUCGCUGCACACGCUCACCCAUCUGGCCGUCCACGACUGCCCCAUGAUUCCCAGCCACUCCCUCGCAGCGCUGGUUGAAGUUAACCCCGCUCUCGCCUCCCUCUCGCUGCACUCCACCUCCUACUUUCUCUUCAUCCCACAAGGCCUCCGGGUUCUGCUCCUCUCGUCCUCCUCCCACCUGCACACCCUCACACUCUCCGGGCUGCCUUCGUACCGCCCAGGCAUGCUUGCAUGCUGCAGCAAUCUGCAACGCCUGACGCUGAGAGGACGAGAGGCGGCGAGCGGAGGUAUCUUGUCGUCCAUGUCGCCGCAGAAGCCGUCUCUGGAUUGCCUUGUGGCCAUGCUGGUGCGCGUGGAGCAGCCGGGGAUCGUUGACGGACCGGAGGGAAGGGAUGAUGGAGUGGUGGGGCAGCAAGGGGCGAUGGCUGUGGAGAACGAAGGGGGAGGAAGCACCGCUGCUUCCCCUGCAGCAGCAGCUGAAGAAGAAGAAGAAGAAGAAGAAGAAGAAGAAGAAGAAGAAGAAGAAGAAGAAGAAGAAGAAGAAGAAGAAGAAGAAGAAGAAGAAGAAGAAGAAGAAGAAGAAGAAGAAGAAGAAGAAGAAGAAGAAGAAGAAGAAGAAGAAGCAGAAGAAGAAGAAGAAGAAGAAGAAGAAGAAGAAGAAGAAGAAGAAGAAGAAGAAGAAGAAGAAGAAGAAGAAGAAGAAGAAGAAGAAGAAGAAGAAGAAGAAGAAGAAGAAGAAGAAGAAGAAGAAGAAGAAGAAGAAGCAGAAGAUGAAUCAGAGGCAAUGACAAUCGGAGAAGCAGAAGCAGCAGAGGGCGACGAACCGGCAUCACCGGCCACGCCGGUGGUGGCCUGCGAGGGGUGGAAGACAUCCAAGUGGAAGCUCAAGGAGGCCGCCGUGGAGGCGCUGCACCGCCGCCACUUGCACCACGGCGUGGGGGCCCUCUCCCACAUCCACCAGGCCGUCGUUCGGGUGCGCUCCGCCAUCCUGCUGUGCCGCUGCGUGCGGCUGGCUAAAGCCGAAAUGAAAAUCAGCAAUACACGCCAGGAGGCACUUGCAAAGGCCUGUCGUGCUGCCGAGGCUGCAGGCUUCUUCACUGCUGUUGUGGAGGAGGAAGUGCAGGCGCAGCCGGAGUGGAAUGAGGAUGGGGGGGGAGGGCAAUGGAUUGAUGCAGAAGAGGUGGUGCGGUACAUACCCGAGGAUGACCUGGAAGAUGAGCUGGCGGCCGUGAGUGCGAAGCUGCUGGCGUGGGUGGCAGUGCCGCAGGCAGACGCACGGGAGCUGCUGCUUCCUUCAUCAUCCUCCCCCCACUGUGCUGUCCCGAGACUGAGCAGCGAGCCACAGUCCUUUGAGUCGCUGGCACGAGCUGCUGCCUUGAGAAGGCUCAAGAGCUUGGCUCUCUUGAACUGCUGUGGGCUGGAUGAGGGGCAGCUGCUGGAGCUGCUGCGUGCAUGUGGCAUGCUGGAGGAUUUGCGCGUGGAAGGCUGCGAUGGCUUUUCAGACACGGUGAUUGAAGGAAGUAAACUGGUGCUGUUAACUCGGUUGAGUGUGGUGGGGUGCGGUGGAAUCACUGCAGACGCUAUUGGCAGGUUGCUGGGGAACGUUCCAAGGCUGCAAUAUUUGAAGGUGGAAGGGAACAAGGUUUCCGAGAGGGCUUGCCGGGAGUUGCUUCGUGCUGGAGUGGUUGUUAGGGGAGUGUGA